CCCCCCACAUGCACUUGCUGCAGGAGCAGCCGUAGUACACACGCACACCGCCUCGACUCGACUCCCACCUCCCCUGUUCUCACCGUGCUUGCCCUGUUUCGACCUCUGCCCAUCCGCGCUCGCGUGCCCGCCGUACAGUACAGGCCAGACAGCCAUGGUGGUGCUCGCCAAACCGCCUGUCGUCGACCAGAUCCCGCUCCUGCGGUCCCCGGGCCCCAGGGACAGCUUCUCGGGAGUGCCGGUCGUCGACCUGUCCAGCCACGGCGCGGCGCGGGCGAUCGUCGACGCCUGCGAGCGCUUCGGGUUCUUCAAGGUCGUCAACCACGGCGUGGCCGCGGCCACCAUGGACAGGGCCGAGUCCGAGGCCGUCAGGUUCUUCGCGCAGGCGCAGGCGGACAAGGACCGCGCGGGGCCGGCGUACCCGUUCGGGUACGGCAGCAAGCGGAUCGGGCUCAAUGGCGACAUGGGGUGGCUCGAGUACCUCCUCCUCGCCGUCGACGCCGCGUCGCUCUCCGACGCCUGCCCCGUGCCCUCCAGCGCCGCGUUCCGGAGCGCGCUGAACGAGUACGUCGCGGCCGUGCGGAAGGUGGCGGCGCGUGUGCUGGAGGCGAUGGCGGAGGGCCUGGGCAUUGCGGACGCGGACGCGCUGAGCUCCAUGGUGAGCGGCGCCGGGAGCGACCAGGUGUUCCGCGUGAACCACUACCCGCCCUGCCCCGCGCUGCAGGGCCUGGGCUGCAGCACCACGGGCUUCGGCGAGCACACCGACCCGCAGAUCAUCUCCGUGCUCCGCUCCAACGGCACCUCCGGCCUGCAGAUCGCGCUCCGCGACGGCGCGCAGUGGGUCUCCGUGCCCUCCGACCGCGACGCCUUCUUCGUUAACGUCGGCGACUCGUUGCAGGUGCUGACCAACGGGAGGUUCAGGAGCGUGAAGCACCGGGUGGUGACCAACAGCCUCAAGUCCAGAGUUUCCUUCAUCUACUUCGCGGGGCCGCCGCUGGGGCAGCGGAUCGCGCCGCUGCCGCAGGUGCUGGCGGAGGGAGAGGAGAGCCUGUACAAGGAGUUCACGUGGGGCGAGUACAAGAAGGCCGCGUACAAGACGAGGCUCGGCGACAACAGGCUGGCCCAGUUUGAGAAGCGUAGCAACAUCUAGCUAAGCUAGCAAGGCGCGCGGCCCGGGCAUGCACGCCGCGUCUUCACAGGACAACAAUAACAACCACCAUGACGAGCGAGUUACUUGCAAGAAAUGAUGACAAGGAAGAAGAAGAAGAAGAAGGUGAAGACGAUGAUGUGAACAGCCAGGGAGCGUAGUGACUACUCCAGUAGCUAGAUUUUUUUGUGUGGUGGGUGCAGGGUUUCCGCAAAGUUGCUAAUGGCCUGUUCUGGUGCUUGCGGUGGGGUUAGUUGCCUAUUUCGGUAUGCUGGAGCUGGACGGGCGAUGAGCCGCCGCCUGUAAUUAGGGUUAACCAUGAUAGCAUGCAGCGAAGCGAAGGGGACGAUCCUCUCUGGCUCCGUAGCUUCCCACGUUUGCUUCCUUGUGCUUUCCCUUUCCUGGUUUAUAUAUAUUUUCGUAUA